AUGGACGAGGGACCGCCACCACCCGAAGGCGUGGUUGCCCCUCACGCAGGGCCUCCACUCAAACGCCCAAGAGCUGACUCGGACGAUUCAGCCUCCAUUGAGUCCAUUCGCUCUGUUCGCACACUUGCCUCGGACGACCUCGACUAUGUCCAUGAAAAUGGCCGCACAUACGCCAAUGAGUCGUACUAUCUGCCCUGCGUCUACAAGCCCAACAACGACUUUGUGGAGCAGGAUCGCUUAUCCUUGCAACACGAGAUCUUUGUCCGGGCACUCAAAGGAAAGUUGACAACCACAAAACUGCUACCUUCUACGCGCAGAAUCCUCGAUCUCGGCACGGGACCAGGCCACUGGGCCGUGUCCAUGGCACAGCAAUACCCCCGUGCAGAAGUCGUUGGAAUAGACAUUACCGAGUGGGACAUUGAAACCACUGAAGCCACACUAGGCGAAUCUGGAGUGACUUGGGAACUCGAUGAUCUCGACGUUUGGGGGCGAGAAAUCCAUGUCGACGAUCUAAUCGCCAAACUCGCAGAGCUGGACUUGGCAACCAACAUGAUCCACCGCGAUCCAAUCGAGUCUCCAAGAAAAAUACACCAGGACACUGGACUAAGCGAUGCCGCCACAAGUCCGUCAAAUCUAUCAGAAGAAUCCCUCACAAUUGACUUGACUUCCUUGAAUCCUAAGUCGGAACCAGGUUGGCAUUUCAGCGAUACGUUUGAGCUGAUCCACCUGCGAAAUAUGAAAGGAACCUUUACCCACUGGGAAGGCGUCUACGAAGAGAUAUAUAAGAGUCUCUCGCCUGGCGGAUGGGUAGAGUUGGCAGACUGGGACUUGGGCCAAGUACCCCUUGGCCCCGGCGACAAGGUUGUAAUGCCCACCCUGCGCAAGUUAUACGUCGCUUUUAUGGAGGCGUCUUUCCGAUCUGGACGGCCCCUGGGUCUUUUCUACAUGCAUCACAGUUAUCUUGAAGAGGCGGGAUUCGUGGACAUACAAACAACCCAUGUCAAUGUGCCUGUGGGGCAGUGGGUAGACGACGAGGCGCAGAAAUCCCUAGGCAAGAUGAUGUUUGUACUUGGCAUGGAAAUUUUCGAGCCUGUUUGCCUGCGUCUCCUGACGCGGUGGGGCAGUAAGAACAAAGUGUGGACUGAAGACGAACUGAGGGCGGAUGUGCGGUUGGCACAGCAGGAGAUUAAAGAUUAUGUCGAGCGUUCAGAGCGCGGCGAGGUAGAAGGCUGGUGUGCGAGUUUCAAGUGGAUUACUGCAAGAAAGAGUUGGCAUGCUGACAAGUGUAUCCAAUUCCUCGCCGAACCCUUUCAUCGCAUGUUCUUCCUCGAUAACCUCGCCAUUGGAUAUCCCCACGCAGAAAUCGAGCGCGUAUCAGUCGGUUGGCUACUCAUCUUCUCCGCCGCCGUUCCCCUCGGCCUCCUCGUCGCCUGGGCCCUUCUUUUCCGCCCGGGCUCCCACAAAGCCCACGUCACCAUCCUCGGUCUAAUCAUCAGCCUCAUCCUCACCAGCUUCAUCACCGACGUAAUCAAGAACGCCGUCGGCCGCCCCCGCCCCGACCUCAUCGCCCGCUGCAAACCCGCGCCUGGCACCCCCGCCCACCAACUCGUCACGUACAAAGUCUGCACCGAAACAGACCACCAUACUCUUCACGACGGCUGGCGCAGUUUCCCAAGCGGCCAUAGUAGCUUCGCCUUCAGCGGCCUCGGCUACCUCUCCCUCUUCCUCGCAGGCCAAUGCCACGUCUACCGUCCCCGCGCAGACCUCGCUCGCGUCCUCCUCGCUCUUGCGCCCCUCCUCGGCGCAGCCCUCAUCGCCAUCUCCCGCUGCGAAGACUACAGACACGACGUUUACGACGUCACCGUUGGGUCUCUGCUUGGUCUCGCCAUAGCGCAUUAUACCUACAGGAGAUAUUACCCUGCCCUCAGGAAUCGGCUCUGUGCUACCCCGUUUCCGAACCCGGCGGAUGAGAAGGGCUGGGGGAAGGUUAAGGGGGAUGAGGAGAGUGCGAGGGGGGUUCAGGAGUUUGAGCUUAGUGAGUUUGAUGAGGAGGGGGAUGGAGAUAGUGAGGCGCGGUUGCUUAAUGGGGGGAGGAGAUAG